AUAUUAAUGCUUAAAUUAGUAGUUAUAGUUAUAAAUAAAAAAUUUCGCGCCAUAAAUUUCAACAUAUUAACAAUCGCGGAUGAAAUUUAUUAAAAUAAUUCUAAACAUUAAGAAACCAAGUUACUGCUCAAAUUUUUUUGUUAAAAAAAAUCAAAUAAUAGAAGUGAUACUUGAAAAUGACUGACAAUGUUAGUAUUGGAAAUUACGAUGGGUCUAGUCAUGAUAAUGCAGGAUCGCCGUCAAAAAGAGUAGACAAAAAAUCACAGGAACAAAAUAAUCUUAAAUUUGAUGAAGGUUCAACGUUGAAGUCUGGAGGUGAUCAAACAUAUUUUGCUGAUAUUAAAAUACAAAUACCAGAAAUUGAUAAUAAUUUCUUUAGUCUCAGAAAAUUAUGGGCAUUCACUGGGCCAGGAUUUUUGAUGUCAAUAGCAUAUUUAGAUCCUGGAAAUAUUGAAUCUGAUUUACAAUCUGGAGUUAAAGCUAAAUACAAGUUACUAUGGGUAUUACUAAGCGCAACAAUACUCGGAUUAGUAAUGCAACGUUUGAGUGCACGGUUAGGUGUUGUCACUGGAUUACAUUUAGCCGAAAUGUGCUAUCGACAAUACAAAAAGUUACCACGAAUUUUAUUAUGGAUUAUGACUGAAAUCGCUAUUAUUGGUAGUGAUAUGCAGGAAGUAAUUGGUACUGCUACCGCGCUGUAUCUUUUGUCCAAUAAAGGUCUUCCACUAUGGACUGGUGUUUUAAUAACUGUGAUCGAUACAUUUACAUUUUUAUUACUCGACAAAUAUGGACUAAGAAAAUUGGAAUUAUUUUUUGGAUUUUUAAUAAGUAUUAUGGCAGUCACAUUUGGAUACGAAUAUGUAAAAUCAGCACCACCGCAAUUAGAAGUACUCAAGGGUAUGUUUACACCCAUGUGUGUAGAUUGUGAUAGUACAGUUUUAUUGCAAGCUGUUGGUAUUGUCGGCGCUGUUAUUAUGCCGCACAAUUUAUAUCUUCACAGUGCCUUAGUUAAAUCAAGAGAUAUUGAUAGACGACAACCUACAAAAGUGAAAGAAGCUAACAAAUAUUUUUUUAUGGAAUCAUGCAUUGCCUUAUUGGUAUCAUUUAUUAUAAAUGUAUUUGUUGUUGCUGUUUUUGCUCAUGGACUAUUUGGUAAAACAAAUGCCGACGUUUACGAAGUAUGUAUUAAUGCGAAUAAUACUUUAGGAAUUGAUACCUUUAAAACAAGAAACAACACUAACUUAGUAGAAGCUGACUUGUAUAUAGGAGGAAUAUUUCUCGGUUGCACAUUCGGGGUUGCUGCAAUGUACAUUUGGGCUGUUGGUAUUUUAGCUGCAGGACAAUCAUCAACAAUGACCGGUACAUAUGCCGGACAAUUUGCGAUGGAAGGAUUUUUAAACUUACAAUGGCCCAGAUGGAAGCGUGUGCUACUAACACGUACGAUUGCCAUUGUUCCGACAUUUUUCGUGGCCUUCUACGCAAGCAUCGAAGAUCUCACGGGCAUGAAUGAUAUUCUAAACGCCGUUAUGAGUCUUCAAUUGCCCUUUGCUACUCUUCCGACUAUCGCUUUCACCAGCAGUGUUCAUGUUAUGGGUCAAUUUAGAAAUGGAAAGUUUAAUAAAAUUGUUGCAACAGCACUGUCGACAGUUGUAAUAGCUAUUAAUAUUUAUUUCGUUAAAGAUACUGUCGAAACACUAUUACCAGAUAACUGGGCAGUUUAUUUGGGAAUGACUAUUUAUGCAAUAUUUUAUCUUGGAUUUUGUUUUUAUUUAGUCAUACAUAUGGCCAUUGCGAUGGGCGCUGAUUUCUUAACCAAUUACAGACUUAUAGCUAAAUACAUUGGUGGGCCUUCUGAAAUGAAUUUUGCAUUAAGUAACCCUGCGGAUUAUUCCAGUAUGUCACUUCGAGGAAUUCCCAUCACUAAACAUUAUCAAUAACAAAUAACGAUCCAUUUAGAACAAAGUAAAAGAACAAAUUAUGGAUUCGCAAUUCAAGAAAGUAUUAAUGGAAAUUUUUCAUCACUUGGCGUAAUGUAAAAUUUAGAUCAAAUAAUUAUUAUUUUAUUGUAAAAAUAAUAUUUCAUUGUAAUUAAAAUUUUUUAUUGUUAAAUUACAUCAUAAAAUAAAGCAUAGUUAUGUAUGCAAAAAAUUGAUGCAAUUAUCAAUAUUUUUUACAAUGUAAAAAUAAAUGAGGUAGUUACACGGAAAUUAUUUUGUACAAUGGCAUAUAUUUUAAUUAAUAAUUUAGAACGAAAGAGGAAUAAAUACAUGAUUAAUAUUAUUACAAUUAAAAAUAAAUAAAUAAAGAA